CUUCCUCCCUGUUCCUUCCCGACUGGGACUCGCCACUUAGAGGAAACUGAAAGUGAAAUAGGCUGUUCCUGCCGGCUGCCGCUUUCCGAGCCUUCUUAGGCCAUCCCCCACGCCCAUGGCGUCAGCAAUGCCCUUGGCUAAGAUGUGGGAGGAGGUCACCUGCCCCGUCUGCCUGUAUCCCAUGGAAGAGCCCGUGAGCAUCGAAUGUGGCCACAACUUCUGCAAGGGCUGCAUCUCCGAGAUCGGGAAAGCGGGGGGCAGCAACUGCCCCAUGUGCCGAGUCCCCUUCCUGCUCAGGAACCUGCGCCCCAACCUGCAGCUGGGCAACAUGGUGGCCAACCUCAAACAAAUGGGCCAAGAUGCCGCGGGGAGCCCCGAGGGGGACGCGCAGGGGCAGCGCUGCGAGGUGCACGGAGAGAAGGCCCUCCUGUUCUGCGAGGAGGACGGGCUGGCCCUGUGCUGGGUGUGCCACCAGUCCCGGAAGCAUCGGCACCACAGCAUGGUGCCCAUUGAGGAGGCUGCGCAGGAGUACCAGGAGAAGCUCCUGGAUGCUUUAGAGGAACUAAGUAAAAAGCAGCAACUGGCGGAGAUGCUGCAAGCAGAUGUUGCAAUGAAGAGAGAAGACUGGAAGAGGGAAGUGGAGGGGCGCAAAGAGAAGAUCCAUGCCGAGUUCCUGAAGCAGGGAGAUACCAUGACUAAGGAGGAACAGAAGCAUCUGCAGGAGCUGGAAAAGCAGGAGAAGGAGCACCUGAGGGCCCUGGGGCAGGCAGAAGCCAGCCUGGCCCAGCAGCUGCAGGCCCUGCUGGAGCUGAAAUCAGAGGUGGAGCGGAGGAUCCGGGCCUCAGCACUGGAGCUGCUCCUGGAAGUGAAAAUUAUUCUGGAGAGGUGUGCAUCCUGGAAGCUGGAGAAUCCUGAGAUCGUCCCUCCCAAACUGACUGUGAUCCAGCUGCCAGGGGUGGAGAAGAGGCUGAGGGCAUUUGGAGUGCACGUCACUCUGGAUCCACACACAGCCAACCGGUGGCUCAUUGUCUCAAAGGACCGCAGACAAGUGAGGCUUGGGAUUUUUCCACAGAAAGUUCCUGAAAGCCAGGAGAGGUUUGAAGAGUUCCCCAUGGUCCUGGGAGCCCAGUACUUUAACUCUGGAAAAUGGUACUGGGAAGUGGAUGUGACAGGAAAGUACGCCUGGGACCUGGGGGUUUGUAGAGACUCUGUGAAGAGGAGGGGAAGCUUUACUCUUAGCCCUAAGAAUGGCUUCUGGACCAUCUGGCUAUGGAAUGGGAUAUACGCGGUCGGCACCUCUCCCCAGAAAACCCUCUCCCUCCUGGAGCCCCCCCGCCAGGUGGGCAUCUUCCUGGACAUUGAGGCCCGCACCGUCUCCUUCUACAGCAUCACAAAGUGCAGCUCCCUCAUCUACUCCUUCUCUGGGUGUGCCUUCACCGACCUUGUGCGUCCCUUCUUUAACGCUGGCUUCAAUGACUCGGGAAGAAAUGCGGCCCCUCUCACCCUCUGCCCACUGGCUAAGACACCUGCUGCUUCUUGAUGGCUCUCUGGUCACAACACCCCCUCUUGGAGUCCCCCUCAUCUCAGUCUCUGAGUCUGCCUCAGUUUCCCACAAAUGCUGAGCCACUUUGGUCUUUUAGAUGUGUCAGGCUGGAUGCCAGUGAAGAGAUGGAGGGGGAGGUCACUGAGGGGUUAUGUCCAGUGACCUUCGAUGCCAGCUUUCAGCUCUGUGUGCCUCUGAUGCCCUCCAAUGCAUCUGGACAGCCAAGGUGUGCUUUCUCAUCCUCUCCAGGUGUGUGUGCAUGAGAGACAGAGAGACUGACUCCAGUUGUGCAUCCUCUCUAGACCUUUGCUUACACCUCUAUAUGGCUUAUAGGGUUUCAGAGGGGCUUCCUAAACAAAUGAGGCUUCACUCUGUCUCAUUCACUGUUUGUUCUAGUGCAUUUCUAGGAUUAUUUUUUCAACAUCCACAUGUCCAGUCUUAGUGCUAUGGUCACUUGUAGGCCACCUGCCUUAACUACAACUAGCACACUACUGAAAGGAGGGCAGUGUUCUGUACGCCUUCCAUGACCAUAGUGACAUCAAGUUUGCUGUCCUCUCAUUACCAACAUGCACACCUUACACUUGGACCAGGCUUCUGACCAACUUUCUCAGAAGCAGAGAAGCACUUGAGGAAACGUUUUAGUACUGAAAAAAAAAUGAUCCCGGUCAACAUGAAAUUCUAACACAUGAACAGUCCUUUACAAAAAGAAGACACACUUUUGUUUUAAAAAAAAAAAAAGAAGAAGAAAGAAAAACUUCAUUUACACCUCUUUGAGAUGAUGUGUUUGUCUACAUUAGACAAUUCAGACUAAAUUAUAAAAAUCACAUAUGUGAGACUUGUAACCAUCCAAAUGGAUUCACUACUUAGUUGGUUUCAACAAAGAUUGAUGUGAAUACUAAAAAAAAAAAAAAAAAAAAAACUACAUCAUAUGUAGCUGACAGUCUGAAACUUCUCUCACACAAAUACAUGUGUGUUUCUAUUGACAGACCCUAAAAAAGCCCAAAUCAUGAUUUCUUACUGCUCCUUUAUAUGUCAAAAUAUGGAUGUGCUAGGACUCAUCUGACUAUGUGUGCCACUUAGAUGGCAGGCCUUGAAUAGCUGUGUUUCUACUUGAUACUUGCUAAGUCUAUGCACUUAUGUGCAUUGCACAUGAGUAUCUGGUCUCAUGUUGAAUAUAUGUUCCAUGUGAUUAGUGAUAGGAAAACAUCACUGGUUUGGUGGAAAUAGCAUAAUGAUCAGGCAAAAGAAGGCUUUUGUGCUUUAGGCUCCAAAGUCCCAGGUUCAAUCCCCUAACACUACCAUAAGUCAGACUAAACAGUACUUGAGUUAAAAACUAAUAACUGUGGUCCAGGAGGUGAUGCAGUGGAUAAAGCGCUGGACUCUCAACCAUGAGGUCCUGAAUUCAAUCCCUGGCAGCACAGGUACCAGAGUGAUGUCUGAUUCUUUCUCUCUCUGUCUUUCUCAUAAAUAUAUAAAUUCUUUAAUAAAAAUAAUAACUGGUCCCCAGUUGCAGGGUGAAAGCUUCAUGAGUGGUGAAGUAGAGCUGCAGGUGUCUCUCUUUCUCUCUCUCUCCCCUCUCAAUUUCUCUGUAUCCAAAAAUAAGUUAAAUUAAAAAUAAUAAUGAAUAAACAAUGAUCACUGGCAUUAAUAAAUGACUUUCUAUGUUUUGUGUUCUGAAAAACAGAAGGAAAUAAUUAUACCUCCUUUGAAUUUAUGUUAAAAAUGUAUGGCUAAUAUAUCAAGUGUAAGAUGUAAAUUCUAUAAUUGAUCUAAA